UGUAAAAGUCAAAGCGGGUCAAGUAAUUAAGAACGGAGGAAGUAUUUUUUUUUUCAUUAUUAGGAUUGUAGUCCAAUGGGCCAAAAAAUAAGAGCCCAAAGAAAGGGAAUUGAAUAAAGAGAGAAGAGAGAAGAGAGAAGAGAGCGCCAUUAACCCUGAAUUCAAAAAAAUAGUGAAUGAAGUGGAGUUGAUGUUGGCAACAAUGGCGAUGGGUCUGGCGAUGGCUGAAGUGUAGAAUGUGGGAGUAAGUGUGUUGUUCAGAGAUGCAAUCAGAGGUUUUUCCAUGCCAUGGACGGGGACCCUGACGUUCCGGCCCCACUGCUGAGUUCCACCACCCGCUCCGUCAACUUCAACUCGUCUUCUUCUUCUUCUUCUUCUUCUUCUUCUUCUACUGCUACUGCUACUUCUUCUCAACCUGAUUUUCUCCGUAAUGUCCAAGCCGCUUUCAAACGCCACCGUUCCAUUGGUACAAUGCAAUCAACUAACUUGUUACCGAGACGUAGUGUGCCACCACAACCACAAAGGGAGACGCCCAAAAGUUCACUGCAUAAUUCUGGUUUAAAAGUAGAGACCAAGAGGUCUGUUGAAAUUGCUUCUCAACCCAAGAAUUUCGACGCCCACACGAAUGAGAGAUCGUCUGUCAUCGAUCCUCAGGAAGAUGCCUCACUUACGCCUCCUUCCUUCACCGGUACUAUCACCAAUACCUAUGAUGACAAGUAUAAUCCCUUUGGAGGGCACAUCAAGGAUGAUCAACUAAACUGCAAAGCUGGUGUUGACAUCAAUGUUUCCUCUGCUGCACAAUCUAAACAUUGUCAAGUGCUGGAAGGUUCAAGGAAAGUCAAAUUUUCACAGGGAACUGAUGGUCAAAUGGCCACCAGAAUGGAUUUGGCCACCAGAUUGGACAACUUAUCUUCUCAUAUGGAUUCACUUGCAUUGACAGAAAUGGAGUGGGAGGCGGUUAAUCAAGCAGAGACAUCCAAUGUCAUUAACAAUGAACCAAAACUUCAGAAUCCUGUCAGCACUGAUGCAGAUGGCCGUUCGAGAGGUUAUGGGGUCUCUUCAGUACUAGCAGUAAAAAUGUCAUCUCUUCAGAACCAGCUGCACCACUUAAGAGAUUUCCUGCAUAAUGAUGUAAGCCAUCCAAUGACCCAAUCUUCUGUGGUGGGAUCAUCUUGUGUCACCACAACCUCUGUCCAUGGAACAUCUGCACCGAUGCUCAAUUCAACAACUCAUUCUUCAUGCCCUCAUCAAGAUAGUUCAGCAGUUGGGUCCUUACCUGAUGCCAAUCGGAUUUCUGAGAACAUAGCCCUAAGAGAUGGGAUGCAUCAAGCUUGCCCUACAUCCGUAAAUUCCAGCGGAGUUGAUGCUGACAGGGCACUCAGUGGAGCUCAAGCUUCAAGCUCUGCAACAAAUGCCUUAGCAGAAGUCAAAGAAAUCCAACAACAUAUCUUGCUGCAGCAAACUAAAGUACCCGCUGAUCCACCCCAAACUCAAAGCCAGCCCAUAAUGGAGAAAGGACAGGGGGCCGAUGCUUCACACAUCCCACCACCUAGCUCCUCAUCAAAGGACCUAUCUUCUAAUGUGAAGCUGGAGCCCUCUAAAUCAGAGAAGCAUGAAAAGGCACCAUCUCGGAAAAAGGGUUAUGAUCCUGACUUGUUUUUUAAGGUGAAUGGGAAACUUUAUCAAAGGCUUGGCAAGAUAGGAAGCGGUGGAAGUAGUGAAGUUCAUAAAGUUAUCUCAUCUGACUGUACAAUUUAUGCUUUGAAAAAAAUCAAGCUUAAAGGUCGUGAUUAUGCUACUGCUUAUGGAUUUUGUCAAGAGAUCCUGUAUUUAAAGAAGUUAAAGGGGAAGGAUAAUAUUAUCCAACUUAUUGAUUUUGAGGUUACGGAUAAAGCUUUACUGCAUGAAGUUAUGAACGGCUCCAUUUCUAACAAGGACAGCAGAGUCAAAGAUGAUGGAUAUAUCUACAUGGUUCUUGAGUAUGGAGAAAUUGAUUUGGCUCAUAUGUUAUCUCAUAAGUGGAGGGAAAUUGAAGGCACCAACUCAACUAUGGAUCAAAACUGGCUUCGUUUCUACUGGCAGCAAAUACUCCAAGCUGUAAACACAAUUCAUGAGGAGCGUAUAGUGCACUCUGACCUGAAGCCAGCCAAUUUUCUCCUUGUCAAAGGUUCAUUGAAGCUCAUUGAUUUUGGCAUUGCUAAAGCUAUAAUGAGUGAUACAACCAACAUCCAAAGGGACGCCCAGGUAGGUACAUUGAGUUACAUGUCACCAGAGGCAUUCAUGUGCAAUGAGAUUGAUGCAAAUGGAAAUACUAUUAAGUGUGGGCGCCCAUCAGACAUAUGGUCUCUUGGUUGCAUUCUUUAUCAAAUGGUUUAUGGAAGGACACCCUUUUCAGAAUACAAGGCAUUCUGGGCCAAGUUCAAAGUAAUCACUGAUCCCAGUCAUGAAAUCACAUACGGUCCAGUUUCCAAUCCUUGGCUUCUGGAUCUUAUGAAGAAGUGCCUUGCAUGGGACCGCAACGAAAGAUGGAGAAUUCCUGAGCUUCUUGAGCACCCAUUUCUUGUUCCUCCUAUACAUCAGCAGUUGCCCCCUGCACUAGAGCAAAACUGUAAAUUUAUUCAGCUGAUCACUGAAUCUUGUGCGAAUGAUGACAAAGUCCCAAGUCUUUGUUCUGAGCUCCAACAGUUACUAGAAGAUCCAACUGCCACAUCUCGAGAUCAUCAAUUUAAAAUACUAUCACAUAUUUCAAGCAUCUGUCAGCAACUCCAGCAGCACCUUACAAAGACGAGCUAGUCUAUAUGUAGAAGAGGAAUGUACAGUAGCAACAUUUCUGCUAAGCAUUUUGAAUCAUGUUCUCUUCUAACAUAACAUGUUUUGUGAAUAAGUAACGAUUUUAAAAAGUUGUCAUGGUGCUUUUCAACACUGGUUGAGUUUUGAUUUAUGAUUGUUGUACAAUCCUGUAAUCUCCAUGAAAUGAAUGUAGCUCCUAUUUGUUUUAA